UAACAAUGAAAUUUAAUGAUACACAUUUUCAAAUUUAAUAAAGGAUCACGAAUCUGUGUAUCUCGAGCGGAUGAAAGGAAAGGUUGAUGAAAAAUGAUUUUGACAAGAGGUCUAGCGUAAUUGUGAAAGUAGGUGACCCCUGAUAGAAAUUGAAAAUCAAUAAAGUGCAGUGGAGUCAAUAGUAUACAGGGAAGGAAGGUAGCUCCACUCUGCCAUUUCGAGGUUAUGUCGGUCGAGACACAGAAAGCGCAGAGCGUCAAACGUUCUAUUUUUGUUUCGGCGAAGUGUUUAUUCUUGCUAGCCGUAGAAACGCGUCACACAUUAUAAUGCAUCUAAAUGUGAGAAGAAGUCACGAAAGUGCCGUGAGAUAGUACAAACAUGGGCAGAAGAAAAUCUCACGGAUCAUCUAAAAGUAAACACGUUCCAAAUCAAAGGCAAUUAUCUUCAUCAAAAAGAAAUAAAAUAAAUGCCUUGUGUGAAAAGCUGUUUCAUCUUAGCAGUAAUUUAGCUUAUGUGACACAACUAUGGGACAACUAUAUAGAAAUAUCAUCAGUUUUGGAGAAGGUUAAAAGGUUGGAGGAAAUGAAGACAGAGUCAUUAAAACGGUCCCAUGGUAUUGGACAAUUCAUAAGUUGGCUCAAAGAGAAUGAAGCUAGUUUUGAUGGAGCAAGCGUGGCUGAGUUUCCGGGAUAUGAUUUGGGCUUAAAAGCGGAACGUAACUUCCUUGAGAAUGAGUUGAUUUUAAGUAUACCAAGGGAGCUUACUUUCAGUAUUCACAAUGUGGCGCCAGAAUUAGCUUGUCUCCAAAAUGACCCAUUAAUACAGCAUAUGCCACAGGUGGCUUUGGCAAUUGCACUUUUGAUUGAAAGACAUAAAGAGAACUCUAAAUGGAAACCUUAUUUAGAUAUUCUUCCUACGAGCUAUACCACAGUGUUGUACAUGACUGCUGCAGAGAUGAUUGAACUUAAAGGCAGCCCUACAUUAGAGAUUGCUUUAAAGCAAUGUAGAAAUAUUGCAAGACAGUAUUCCUAUUUUACUAAAGUAUUUCAAAGUAACAAUAAUGCUGUGUCUGCUAUACUCAGGGAUGUUUUUACCUACGAAAGAUACUGCUGGGCAGUUUCUACGAUUAUGACGAGGCAGAACCUAAUUCCAAGUGAGGACGGCUCACGCAUGAUCCACGCUUUGAUCCCGAUGUGGGACAUGUGCAAUCAUGUGAACGGGAGAAUCACCACUGAUUUCAACACGACCUCGAACCGCUGCGAGUGUUACGCUCUGCGGAACUUCAAGAAAGGAGACCAAAUAUUCAUUAGUUACGGGCCUAGAACGAAUUCUGAUUUUUUCGUGCACUCGGGAUUCGUGUACAUGGACAACAAAGAGGACGGUUUCAAAUUGCGUCUUGGAAUCAGUAAAGCAGAUUCUCUGCAAAAGGAACGCAUCGAAUUAUUAAACAAGCUGGACCUACCAUCGGUGGGCGAGUUCCUGUUGAAGCCAGGAACGGAACCAAUAUCCGAUUUACUGUUGGCAUUCCUGAGGGUGUUCAGUAUGCGCAAACAGGAACUGACGCAUUGGCUCCGGUCGGACCGGGUUUACGAUUUAAAGCAUAUGGACUGCGCUCUAGAGACCAUCGUCGAGGAGAACGUCAGGAAAUUUCUGCUUACUAGGCUGCAGCUGUUAAUUGCUAAUUACCCGACGACUCUGAAGGAAGACCUGCAGUUACUCGAAACAUCGUUACCGCAAAUGAGGAAGUUAGCUAUUCAGCUAAGAGUGACGGAGAAGAAAAUUCUUUUAGCCGCGCUUGAAUACGUGGAACAAUGGAUCAAGGCUUAAUAAACAAACCGGAUAUGAACUUUGCUAUACAGAAACAAUGUUUUUUUUUUCAUUUAGUACUGAAGAGAUUUACUAAGGCGUUGUGUUAGUAUCGGUAUUACUAAUUAAACUGGCAUUUGCUUUUUAACAUUUAUCGGUCGACCCUUAGAAAGCGGAUGUUUUGUAACUUCGUUAGCGGCGAUGCCUAAGUCAGUUUGGAUUCUUAUUUAUCGAUUUUUCUAAGAUGCUUCGACUCUUUACUGGGUUAAAUAUAAAUAAUUAACAGUUUAAAUUGGCCGCCAGAAAAUGAGAAGUUAUGCAGUCUUUGAGACACCGAAUCCAAAUAGAGCCAGACACCGCCAUCUAAGGGUUAAGAAGCAAACGAUCGACCCGUUCCGGUUGUGUGGUUACAGUUCUUUUUAUAUUCAUUCGAGCGCUAACGGCUGCAGGUCAGCGAUUUACCUAACCAUUGUCGAAUGCCGGCUGCGAUCAACGAUCUGCUUUAAUAUGUGCAUCCCGAUAUUUUAAUUUUCGUGAUGCUGCUUAUUCGUACAGGGUGAACUUGACAUAGCCACGGUACUCCAUUUCUAACAGUGGCGUUAUCUAUUUUUGCGCGUAUUUUUGUAAUGAUUAAAUUACAAUAUUGGGCAGGCAAA